CAGUUUUCGAUACAACUCUAUCGUACAGUCAUUUAUUUGAUCUCGGUAUUUUCGUGUUUGUGUAAUAAAUUAAAUACAGACAAUUGGAAUAAAUAAUUAUCCUUGAUUAUUGGUGUUUUGUGUCAACUGAAAUAAGUGUCGAUUGUGUUUUUUUUGCAAUACGAAAAAACGAAGGAUUCCAGAAAAAAGGCAACGCCAAGAGAGCAUGAAAAUGAAGCGCGAGAGCAAUGAUGGCGAUGGACCACAGGACCAAAAGCGCAACAGACGCAACGAGGAGACUGUCCGCAUACUGAUACCAAGCAGUAUUGCCGGCGCUGUCAUUGGCAAGGGAGGUCAACACAUCCAGAAGAUGCGCACUCAGUAUAAAGCCACUGUAUCUGUGGAUGAUUCCCAAGGCCCCGAACGCACCAUACAAAUCUCGGCGGAUAUCGAGUCUACGCUGGAGAUUAUUACGGAAAUGCUGAAAUACUUUGAAGAGCGCGAUGAGGAAUUCGAUGUGCGCUUGUUAAUCCAUCAGAGUCUCGCCGGCUGUGUCAUCGGCAAGGGUGGACAGAAGAUCAAGGAGAUACGCGAUCGCAUUGGCUGCCGUUUCCUGAAGGUCUUCUCAAAUGUGGCGCCACAGAGCACAGAUCGCGUGGUGCAGACGGUGGGCAAACAGAGCCAGGUGAUCGAUGCGGUGCGUGAGGUGAUCACCCUGACCAGGGAUACGCCUAUUAAGGGUCCCAUUCACAACUAUGAUCCGAUGAACUUUGAUCGCGUCUAUGCGGAUGAAUAUGGUGGUUAUGGCACCGGAACCGGAAGCACACGUCCCAGCCAGCGUGGCGGCAGUCGUGGCAACAAUGGCGGCGGCGGUGGUGGUGGUGGCAACGGUGGUGCUGGAGGUGGCAAUGGAGGUGGAGGCGGCGGAUUUGGCGGCAACAAUGGAGGUGGACGUGGCAACGAUCGCUUUGGUGGCAAUCGUGGUGGUGGUGGAGGAGGAGGAGGUGGCGGCGGUGGUGCUGGUGGUGGCGGUGGCGCCGCGGGCAUCGGUGGCAUGGGAGGCGGAGGACCACGCGAUAAUCCCUUCAUCAAUCCCUGGGCCAAUGGCGGCGCUGGCGACAACGAUGGCUUCAAUGUGGGCAACAAUGGAGGCGGCGGUGGUUUUGGUGGCAACAAUUUUGGCGGUGGUGGCGGUCCCUUUGGCGGUGGCAACUUCAGCAAUAACGGUUUCGGCAACGACUUUGGCGGUGGCAAUCAACUCGGCGGCGGCGGCGGUGGCAACAAUGCCAGCAAUCUGCCAAGUCUAGGCAACUUUGGCCAAAACCAGGGCGGCAACAGCGGAAACGGAGCCGGAUUCGGAGGAGCCGGAGGCGGGGGAAAUAACAAUCUGGGCAAUGGAUUGGGAGCUGGCUUCGGUGCUGGCAACAAUAGUCUGGGCAACGGACUGGGCGUGGUCAACAAUGGCGGUGGUGUCGGCGGACUCGGUGCUAACAACGGCGCUGGAGGAUUCAAUGCGGGCGGAGCCGGAAAUGCCGGUUCCAACAACAGCAGCAAUGUCACCUCCAACAUACCGCAGGGUCACGACCCCAACAACAGCACACAGGUCACAAUUCCCAAGGAUUUGGCUGGUGCCAUAAUUGGCAAGGGCGGCGGUCGGAUUCGUCGCAUUAGGAACGAGUCGAGUGCAUAUAUAACCAUAGAUGAGCCUCUGCCCGGUUCGAAUGAUCGCAUCAUCACAAUUUCGGGGACUCCCAAGCAAAUCCAAAUGGCACAGUAUCUGCUGCAACAGAGGUUGGUGUCGCAAACAGACUAAAAUGUACAUGAGAAUGGCAGGCGAAACAUUUAAAUGAGAAAAGUCUGCAAUAACAACAACAACAAUAACAACACACAACCAACAACAACAAAAACCAUCGAUGUGCUACAACUGCGCGUUCACAUUUAAAUUAAAUAAUUAAAAUAAAGAAAUACAUAAAUAAAAAGAAAGCAGAAAUGUACUAAAAAAAAAACAGUCGCCCAAUAUAUAGAAAUUAAUAUAUUUCAUUUGUAAGUUUAAGUAAUUUUACCUAUAAUUAUCCCCCGCCCCGCCCCCUUCUCACUUAUGAAUGUGUGUCCCGCCUCUUCCCCCCGACCCCGUGAAACUUCAAAUUCUAUAUAUCUAAGUUUAAGGAUCAUGAACAAAUAAAGUAUAAAUACCUGUAGA